AUGUUGAUUAUUGUAGAUUAUGAUAGUUCUGAAAGAAUUCAAAGAGAAAUAGUUAAUUUAUUAUCUCUAUACGAGCAACAAUUAGAACUUAAAAUGCCUGAUUUAAAUGAAUGGACUUUAGAAAAUUCUUUAACUUAUUGUUGGGGAUUAAUUACAACAAUAGGGCAUGGACAUCGUUCGCCUAAAACUGGGGGUGGACAGGUUUUUGCAUUGCUUUAUUGUGUUUUGGGUGUUCCAUUUUUUGUAUUUACUUUAAUUGUUAUCUCAUAUCGUUUACUAAACCUUUGCCGUGUUCUAUCUCAACUUGUAACAAAAAAUGUAAUUUUUAUUUUAAUUUAA